CUGGUGCUCUAUGCACCCACUUGGAAGAGGAAAAGCAUAUGAAGGUGCAUCCAGGGCGCAUCGGGUUUUCCUUCUACAGCUUAAAUAGCCAUCGCUGGGCCCUUCUUUUUUCGCCUUGCUUUUAUACCUGCAAAGUUUUUUUCUCUCUCAAACCUGAUUUCCCUUUUACCAUUAUUGAUACAAAUAUCAUUCUUAUACCUUUUAACCUUUUUUACACAUUAAUUCCGUUCUCGAUACCGCUGCCACAUAUCGUCAAAGUCAUUAAAAAUAUAUAAUGGGCUCCGCUACUAUUUCCGCGGUCGCUGAGUAAGUACCACUGUUAGACAAUCAGCGCUCAGAUUCACUUUUCCGUAACUGAUGCGGACAUGGAUCCCAUGUCCGACCGAGCUGCCUACCUCACCCACAUUCUAAUUUGAAUUCGAU